AUGGGGUCUAUAAUUCCAAGAACGUCUGAGGAAUGGGGCAGGCUACUGGGAAAGCAUCCAAACGACCCGCUUACCAUUGCUGAUAUUAUUGAUUGUCCAGUACCAGAGCCAAAUAUUUUGAAAAAAGUCUACCACAAAAGAAGUACCACUCACACGAGUACUUGGGCCAAGCUUGUGGAAGUCAGGUUCUUCGAUCAAUUCACGCCUAGACACAUUCGUCCCAUGUUGUCUGAAAUAUACGGUAUAUUGACCGAUGUCACGCCUGUGAAACUGGACUCUUAUACGCAGGCACUUCGCAAAAAGGAUCCUGUGGCAUAUGAAGAUGGUCUAGACAAGGCGUUCACAGCAUGGGUGCAGCCGGUUGUCAGUGAUAUGCUUAGAGCAAUCACGUCAGAUUCCAGGUUUGGGCGAGGUUUAUCUUUUGCGAGUAUCAGACUGAAGCACCUUGGCGAAGGCGACCUGGUUCCCGACUGCUGGCUGGGAAUCUGGCAGGAGGCGAAUAAUUAUACUCUGAGGGACGAUAAUGGAGUAUUGACAUCUAGAAUUGCUUACGCGUUAGGCGAGACCAAGAUGGCAAUGAAUUGGGGAUUCCAACGUAUAUCCGCAGCACUUGGAACAGGAUUCCCAGGGUACAAAAGGAUUCUGAAAGUGGAUCAAAAUCCUCUCCGACAAGUCGCCACUUAUUCUUAUUUGGGCAAGACACCGUGGAACUUCAUCUGUACGGACCAUGAAGUAGUGAUUGGCCGUACUUAUCAUGUUUGGCCUUCGAAGGGAGAAGCUCAAGCAUAUGACGACAUCUAUCCAAGAAAAAGUUUGAAUACAUACUUGGGGUCGGAAAUAAUGUCAGUGAGCUGGAGUCAGCGGCGCUGUGACGAUCAGCUGUCUGCGCUUGAAGCCAUACUUGCUUUGGCAGUAAUGAGCUUUGAUGGCCGAUACCGAAAGAUGGCAGACCGCUUAGAGCUCGGUCGACUCAACGAGUGGACCGAAAUUCAUGAUAAUGGCAGGAUCAAAUACCAGCACCCGGUAACUGGCGCGAUUGCUUCUGCCCUUCCCGAAGGCGCUCAUGUCUGCGAGUACUGA